AUGACCUCCCCGAGGCCGCUGGCUCUCGGGCAUGAAGUGCCCACGGAGUACAUUCGCACCCUCGACCCGAAGCUGCUGCCGCCGCGCGUGGGUCACAAUUGGCUUGACCAGGCAUUCCGCAAGGUGCAGGACAAGCCGCAGCAGUUGGAGGCCGAGUUCCGUGGGAAGCGGGCAUUUUUGCCAAAGGGGGUCUACGACCACACCCCUCCAGAGGGGCUGGGGCUGACGGCGCAGCAGCUUAUGCAUGCCCUAUCGACAAGGAGAGCAGGCGGCAUUGAGGCUGAUCGGCGUGCGCAGUACACGACGCUCGCCGACAAGGUGCUUCGCUUCUACGCCUUUUUCACGGAGAAAGCCCCGGAGGGGUGCACAGAAGAGUAUUGGCACCGCCGCGUCGUCAUAGAUUUCUUUCCAGAGGAUGACACAGUCUUGAUACAAGAGCCAUGCAUUCCAAACAGUGGACUGCGUGGGGGAACCUUUCUUAAGCGCCAGCCAGUGCGUGCCGACCCACGACAGCGGGAGGAAUUUCCUGACGAAGAGUUUCUCUCUCUUAACCACUUCAACGUAGGUCGACCUGUGCGCAUUAAUGCCGUAGAAUUUUUCUUGUAUGACUGUGACCCGUUCACACGCGAGUUCCUCACUGCCCUUGGCGUGAACGUUGCCUCCCCUGUAACGUGUCCAGAUUCCUCCUUUAUGAGUGACUGGAAACGACACCAGGAACGGAUGCUGUCUGGUAAGUUUGGUAUUCUUUCACAGGACUUCCACGGGGAGGAGGCGGUGCGGGCGGCACGCUUUGUGCAGGACAGUGGGAAAGUGUUGCGCUUCUACGCCCUCCUGGACGAACGCAACAAGGUGGCGGGGGGCAUCGUCAGGAAGCUUGAGGUGUUGUACUUUGUGGAGGACGACUCCAUCGCGGUGGUGGAGCGGCCCACGUCCAACGAGGCCACCCCGUCCCUCUUUCUCUCGCGCGGGUGGGUGCCGAGGGAGGGAUCCAUCGCGAGGGCCAACGAGCUGACGUUUGCCCACCGCGUCAACGGCAUGCGGGAGCCGUACGUUGGGCCCGAGGGGCACUACACGGCAACGGACCUCGGUGUUGGCGUCACCAUCAACGUGCUUGGUCGCCGUGUGUUUUUGUACGACUGCGACGAUUUCACACGCGCGUACUAUUUGGAGACAUAUGGCGUCAAACUCUCCGACGCGGUGGAUUGCCGUAGCCAGUACGGACUCUCUCCGGACUCGAAGGUCACUGCAUUUCGGCUCACUGCCACGCCGGCCUCCGUAGCUCCUACUGGAAAAGACGAGGCUGCCUUGGAGAAGCGGACGGCGCGCAAAACUAAGGAUGUGCUGCGCUUUCUCUUGCGUCUUGCGCCGCCGUGUCCCGCCGUUGAGCGUCAGCGGCGUUUCACGCUCACGUAUUACACAGAGACCGAGGAGUCUAUGGUGCGUGAGACCCCUGUGCGAAACUCCGGCUUCCUGGGUGGUUGCUUCUGCAGUCGAAAGCGCCUACCAAAGCCGGACGGUGCCGCUGGGGCGUACUACACCGUCCCUGACUUCCCUGUUGGCGCCGUCAUCGUGGUGAACGGACACAAGUUCGAGGUAGUGAACAUGGACGAGCACACUGUGAACUACUUGGCGGGGAAGAACGAGCCAGUGAUGAAUGAGGAGCAGCUACAGCUGCUCAUCUCCGCCUUCCGACUGUACCUGAGUACACGCUUCCACACCUGCAGGGACGCCUUUCUGGGGUUUGACCGCGACAAGGACGGGGUGGUGAGUGUGACGGAGUUUGUCAAUCACCUGCAGGAGCUGCAGAUCACGGAGCGCCGCGUGGACGGGCAGGCGCUCUUUGACCAUCUCGCCCCGUUUCCAGAGACGGGCUACCUGACGAUGGAUGACCUUCUGCGGUGGAUGUCUGAGACGGCGGCGGACAAUGGCCAGCAGAAGCACGAGCCCAUUGACGUCGAUCAGCGCGCGGUUGUAAGGAAGGCGCUACGUCAGCUCUGCGAGAGGCUCGAGGCGCGGUGCCUCAACAGCCUGCAGAUGUUUCGCCUUGCCUCGACGAUGCCGCGGGCAUACACGCAGCGCCGGGCGGACAUCUACACCCUGACAAACCCGAAUCGCGACACCUCGGUAACGCCGGUGCAGCUGCGCCGUUGCAUUGAGGAAGUUCUGGGCGGCAACCCUGCGCCGCGGGAAAUGGAUGCACUGCUCGCGUUCUUCUUCCCAGGGUUACCGCCGGCGGAGUACCGCAACACCCGCGACGUGAGCCUCGAGCAUGCCUUGGACCUCAAGGCGUUCCAGAAGAAGUACCACGAGAUGAGUAAGUUGCUCAUGCUGCCAGAGAUGCAGCAGCAGCAACAGCAACUAAAACAACGACAGUCGCCGCCACCGGUGGGAUGA